AUGGGCUCUAUUCCGGAAAAGACGCUUUUGGACACCUCCAUCGCGACCCAAGCCAAUGAUGCCAAAGGCGUAGCACACCUAGCCAACACCAUCGGCACUCUCGGUACAUCCUUCCUCCCCAACGAUGAACAGGGUCGUCUUGCGCUUCUGAAGCAGGCCCGGUCACUGCUACAGGCACUGGAAACCCCAAGAGAAACAAUGAUUAAACAUUGUUGGGCUCAGUUGCUGUUACCAUCAGCCUGCUGGACCUUCGUCAUUGCGACCGGCAUUGAGUCGGGGCUGUUUGAGUAUCUGGUUCAAAACCCUGGUCCGAAGACCGUGGAUCACCUAGGCAAAGCACUUCGCUUCGACAUCGAUGUACUUUCUCGCACACUGCGUCAUCUCUGUUCGACGGGAUACCUCAAGGAAGUUGGCCCAGAUGAGUACGAAGGAACGAACUUCACCAGGUCGCUGAGUAUACCGAUCAUAGCCGGCGGAUAUCCCUGUCUCGUCGAAAAUUGCUGGCCGACCUUCUCGAAUUUCCCCCUCUAUCUCAAGAAGCACGAUUGGUCCAUCUCGCCGGACCCAAGAGAGGGGCCAAUGCAGGAUGUCAUUGGUAAAGACAACAACUUCUUCAAGCACAUGAUGACCAACCAUCCCGCCGGAGAAUUCCAGAACCAUAUGGCUGGAUACAGGCAAGGACGGCCUUCCUGGAUGGAUGACGGAUUCUUCCCCGUUUCAGAGCGCCUUGUCAAAGGUGCAGACAGUUCACCAGAGGCGGCUUUUCUCGUCGACAUUGGCGGUAGCAUUGGCCACGAUCUGGACGAAUUUUGUCGAAAGCAUCCCACUGCUCCGGGUCGACACGUCCUUCAAGAUCUCGAAUACGUACUAUCUCAGACUCAGAAGGUUGACCGUAAGAUUGAGCCCAUGUCGUACGAUUUCCACACAGAGCAGCCUGUCAAAGGCGCAAGAGCCUAUUAUAUGCACUCUGUCUUACACGAUUGGACGGAUGAUGUUUGCGGGAGCAUCUUGUCGCGCGUCACUGAGGCAAUGAAACCGGGUUACAGCAAACUCCUCAUUAAUGAGAAUGUGAUUCCCUCAAUUGGGGCAGAUUGGCAGGCUACGGCGCUGGAUAUGAUGAUGAUGACACUCUUUAGUUCCAGGGAGCGAACAGAGGAGCAAUGGCGCAAGCUUCUGGAACCUGCUGGUCUCAAGAUUGUCAAGAUUUGGUCAGCGGGUGAAGGCGUGGAGAGCUUGAUUGAGUGUGAGUUGGCAUAA